AUUCUCCCGUUUUCCCGUUUUCCCUGUGGCCGUAGUGAGUGAGUGGAAAGCGGAGUCUGCCUGCUGCCUGCCUGCCUGGGAAUUUCGCUAAAGCACAUCAGCGGCCACUGCCAUGGCUGAACGCCGCGCCUUCGCCCAAAAAAUCAGCAGGACUGUGGCAGCAGAGGUUAGGAAGCAGAUAGCCGGCCAGUAUGGAGGCUCCCCACAGCUCUUCAAAAACCUCAACGUUGGGACCACAACAAGCAACACAGUUCCCCUCACGGAGGCGGUGGAGCCGGUGGAUUUUGAGGAGUAUCUCAUCACUCACCCUCCCAUCGUUGAGUCUGGUCCCCUGAGAGAUCUGAUUGAGUUUCCUCCAGAUGACAUUGAGGUCAUCUACACGCCCAGGGAGUGUCGCACAGUGGUACAGGCUGUUCCAGAGGAAGGGGACACCGAUCCUCAUGUCAGAGACUGUGUCAGAUCGUACACAGAAGACUGGGCUGUCGUCAACAGAAAAUACCACAAACUUGGUACAGGCUUUAAUCCCAAUACUCUGGACAAACAGAAGGAGCGCCAGAAAGGCCUACCCAAACAAGUUUUUGAGGCUGAUGAGAUGCCAGACAAUAGUAGCUACCAAGAUGACCAGGAUGACCUGAAGCGACGGUCAAUGUCUAUUGAUGACACUCCACGGGGCAGCUGGGCCUGCAGCAUCUUUGACUUGAAGAAUUCCCUCCCUGACGCCCUCCUCCCUCACCUCCUCGAUCGUGCCCCCAAUGAGGAGAUCGACAGGCACAACGAAGACCAGCGCAAGGCCAACCGCCACCGUGAGCUCUUUGCUCUGCACCCUGCUCUUGAUGAGGAGGAACCCAUUGAGCGCCACUGUGUGCCUGAAGUACCUAAAGAGCACUUUGGCCAGAGGCUACUCGUCAAGUGCUUGUCCUUGAAGUUUGAGAUCGAAAUUGAACCCAUAUUUGCUAGUUUGGCCUUAUACGAUGUCAAGGAAAAGAAAAAGAUAUCAGAGAACUUCUUCUUCGAUCUAAACUCUGAGCAGACGAAAGCUAUGUUGCGUCCGCACAUUCAGACGGCAGCCAUCUCCACACUGGCACGCUCUGCCGUAUUCUCCAUCACCUACCCCUCCCAGGACGUCUUCCUGGUCAUCAAGCUGGAAAAGGUACUGCAGCAAGGCGAUAUUGGAGAGUGCGCUGAGCCCUACAUGGUCUUCAAAGAGUCAGAUGCUGCCAAGAACAAGGAGAAGCUGGAGAAGCUGCGUGGUCAGUCCGAGCAGUUCUGCCAGCGUCUGGGCCGCUACCGAAUGCCGUUUGCGUGGACCGCCAUCCAUCUCAUGAACAUUGUUAACAGUGCUGGGAGCCUGGAGAGAGAUACAGAGCUGGAGAUGAGCCUCUCAGAGCGAAAAGGCUCGUGGUCAGAACGAAGGAACUCUAGCAUCAUGGGAAGGCGUUCUCUGGAAAGAACCACCAGUGGAGAUGAAUCCUGUAGUCUGACAGGUUUCAGACCUGCAACACUUACCAUCACCAACUUCUUUAAACAGGAGGGGGACAGGCUGAGUGAUGAGGAUUUGUAUAAGUUCCUCGCUGAUAUGAGAAGGCCUUCUUCAGUGUUGAGGAGGCUCAGACCUAUCACAGCCCAGCUGAAGUUGGAUAUUUCUCCAGCUCCAGAGAACCCCCACUAUUGCUUGACCCCUGACCUCCUGCAGGUUAAACCUUACCCAGACAGCAGAGUACGCCCCACCAGGGAGAUCCUGGAGUUCCCUGCUAGGGAUGUAUAUGUGCCAAACACCACAUACAGGAACCUGCUGUAUGUGAACCCUCAGAGUCUUAACUUCGCAAACCGCCAAGGCUCUGCUCGAAACAUCACAGUGAAAGUGCAAUUUAUGAAUGGAGAAGAUCCAAACAAUGCAAUGCCGGUGAUAUUUGGGAAGUCAAGCUGUGCAGAUUUCGCUAAAGAGGCUUACACUGCAGUGGUUUACCAUAACAGAUCUCCUGACUUUCAUGAUGAGGUCAAGAUUAAGCUGCCGGCCUCUCUGUCAGACCACCACCACAUUCUCUUCACCUUUUACCACGUCAGCUGCCAGCAGAAGCAGAACACACCACUGGAGACCCCUGUGGGAUACACGUGGAUCCCCAUGUUGCAGAAUGGCCGUCUGCGAACGGGACACUUCUGUCUGCCUGUAUCUCUUGAAAAACCGCCACAAUCCUACUCUGUUCUCUCCCCAGAUGUUCCUCUUCCCGGAAUGAAGUGGGUGGACAACCAUCGAGGAGUUUUCAAUGUGGAAGUGGUGACUGUUUCAACCAUUCACACACAGGACCAGUACCUGGAUAAGUUCUUUGCCUUGGUGCAUGCCCUGGAUGAGCACAUGUUUCCAGUCAGGAUUGGAGACAUGCGCAUCAUGGAGAACAACCUGGAGACGGAGCUCAAAUCCAGCAUUGCAGCACUCAACUCUUCCCAGCUGGAGCCAGUGGUUCGAUUCCUUCACCUUCUACUCGACAAGCUGGUGUUGCUUGUAGUGCGCCCACCAGUCAUUGCUGGACAGAUAGUAAAUCUCGGCCAAGCGUCCUUCGAGGUCAUGGCAUCCAUAGUGAACCGUCUUCAUAAGUACUUGGACACCAGCCAGGACAUGCAUGGCCGCAACAGCCUGCUGUCCUCUUACAUCCACUACGUCUUCCGCUUGCCCAGCACCGACCCCAACUCUCCAUCGCCAGGCCCUGGAGGGUUGGGAGGUUCAGUUCACUAUGCUACCAUGGCUCGCUCAGCUGUUCGACCAGCCAGCCUCAACCUCAACCGCUCCCGUAGCCUUAGCAACAGUAACCCUGACAUCUCCGGUACGCCCACCUCUCCUGACGAUGAGGUCCGCUCUAUCAUUGGCAGCAAGGGUUUAGACCGCUCCAACUCGUGGGUGCACACCAUGGGCUGUAAGAGUGCCCCCUGGGGAUCCAGCCCUGGGUCCGCUCCAGAAACCAUGCAGGCCAUGGAGCGCUGUGGCAAUCGCAUGUCUUCGCACACUGAGAGCGCCAGUUUCUUGCAAACUUUAACAGGACGGUUGCCCACAAAAAAGCUCUUCCAUGAAGAGUUGGCCCUCCAGUGGGUUGUGAGCAGUGGCAGCGUCAGGGAGGGCGCUCUGCAACAGGCCUGGUUUUUCUUUGAACUCAUGGUGAAGAGCAUUAUCCACCACCUUUACUUCACUGACCGCUUAGAGUCACCCAGGAAGAAUCGCUUCCCUGAGCGCUUCAUGGAUGACAUUACAGCCCUGGUCAGCACCAUCGCUGGUGACAUUGUGUCGCGCUUCCAGAAGGAUCUGGAGCUGGUAGAGAGGCUAAACACCAGCCUGGCCUUCUUUCUCAAUGACUUGCUGUCAGUCAUGGACCGAGGCUUUGUCUUCACUCUAAUCAAGGCAUACUGGAAACAGGUGUCCACAAAGCUUUAUGCUCUGCAGAACCCAACCUUGGAGUCUUUGAGGCUGGAUUUAAGAAUUGUUUGCAGUCAUGAACACUACGUCACCCUUAAUCUGCCCUGCAGCCUGCUCACCCCACCUGCUUCUCCUUCGCCCUCUGUGUCAUCAGCAACUUCACAGAGCUCUGGGUUCUCCACACAUGUCCAGGACCAAAAGAUAGCCAACAUGUUUGAGCUGUCUGUCCCAUUCAGAGAGCAGCAUUAUCUGGCUGGACUAGUCCUAUCUGAGCUGUCAGUGAUACUGGACCCAGACAAUGAAGGGAUGUUUGGUCUACACAAGAAAGUGGUGAGUGUUGUUCACAACCUCCUGUCCAGCCAUGACUCUGACCCGCGCUAUGCUGAUCCUGAGGUCAAGGCCCGAGUCGCCAUGCUUUACUUGCCUCUCAUUGGCAUCGUCAUGGAAACACUGCCACAACUCCAUGACUUUACAGAGUCCCAUAACCAGUGGGGUCGGCCAGGUGGUCCCCAGGGUGCAGCGGUGGGCAGCAGUGGAGAAGAGACAGAGGCGGAGGGCAACAGCAUGAUCAGUCAGACGGUCGCCAUGGCAAUUGCAGGCACUUCCACUGCAUCUCCAAUGUCCCGACCAAGCAGCUUCCUGCUCAACUCGCAGGCGAGUCGUCAGCACGGAAGCUUCUCCGCUGAGUCAAGUCGUAGUCUGCUGAUCUGUCUGUUGUGGGUGCUGAAGAAUGCUGAUGAGCUGGUGCUACAGAAAUGGUUCACAGAUCUUUCAGUGUCCCAGCUCAACCGCCUGCUGGAUCUCCUCUACCUCUGCGUCUCCUGCUUUGAGUACAAGGGAAAGAAGGCCUUUGAACGCAUGAACAGCCUAACCUUUAAGAAGUCCAAAGAUAUGAAGGCAAAGCUGGAGGAGGCCAUUCUGGGCAGCAUUGGGGCCAGACAGGAAAUGGUGCGACGCAGCCGGGGACAGCUAGAGCGGAGUCCAUCUGGCAGUGCUUUUGGCAGUCAGGAAAACCUGCGAUGGAGGAAAGACAUGACCCACUGGAGACAAAACAGCGAAAAGAUGGACAAGACAAGAGCAGAGCUGGAACACGAAGCCCUUAUUGAUGGUAACCUUGCAACGGAGGCCAAUUUAAUUAUUCUCGAUACCUUGGAGAUCAUUGUACAGACGGCAUCAGUGACAGAAUCUAAGGAGAGUAUCUUGGGUGGGGUUUUGAAGGUGCUACUUCACAGCAUGGCCUGCAACCAGAGCGCCCUCUACCUUCAGCACUGUUUUGCCACACAGAGGGCUCUUGUGUCUAAGUUUCCUGAACUGUUGUUUGAGGAGGAAACGGAGCAAUGUGCUGAUCUGUGUUUGCGACUGCUGAGGAGCUGUAGCAGUAGCAUAAGUACCAUCAGAGCCCACGCUAGCGCCUCCCUCUACCUCCUCAUGAGGCAAAACUUUGAAAUCGGCAACAACUUUGCAAGAGUGAAGAUGCAGGUGACCAUGUCCCUUUCCUCACUGGUGGGAACAUCUCAGAAUUUUAAUGAAGAGUUCCUCCGUCGUUCUCUAAAGACUAUACUUACUUAUGCAGAAGAGGACCUUGAACUGAGAGAAACCACGUUCCCAGACCAGGUCCAGGACCUUGUGUUCAAUCUGCACAUGAUCUUGUCAGACACAGUGAAGAUGAAGGAGCACCAGGAAGAUCCUGAGAUGUUAAUAGAUCUGAUGUACAGGAUUGCAAAAGGGUACCAGACGUCUCCAGACCUGCGGCUAACGUGGCUCCAGAAUAUGGCUGGAAAGCACUCUGAGAGGAAUAACCACGCUGAGGCUGCUCAGUGUCUGGUGCACAGUGCUGCCCUAGUAGCAGAAUACCUGAGUAUGUUGGAGGACCGCAAGUAUCUGCCUGUAGGCUGCGUCACCUUCCAGAAUAUUUCCUCCAAUGUGCUGGAGGAAUCUGCAGUCUCUGACGACGUGGUGUCACCAGAUGAGGAGGGCAUCUGCUCAGGGAAAUACUUCACAGAAAUUGGUCUCGUGGGCCUCCUGGAGCAGGCUGCUGCCUCCUUCUCCAUGGCCGGCAUGUAUGAGGCAGUGAAUGAAGUCUACAAGGUACUGAUCCCAAUCCAUGAAGCCAACAGGGAUGCAAAGAAGCUAGCCACCAUUCAUGGUAAACUCCAGGAAGCCUUUGGCAAAAUUGUUCAUCAGGAUGGGAAGAGGAUGUUUGGUACAUACUUCAGAGUUGGAUUUUACGGUUCAAAAUUUGGUGACUUAGACGAGCAGGAAUUUGUCUACAAAGAGCCUGCCAUCACUAAGCUGGCUGAAAUCUCUCACAGGCUGGAGGGUUUCUAUGGUGAGCGAUUUGGAGAGGACCAGGUAGAAGUCAUUAAGGACUCCAAUCCUGUGGACAAGUGCAAGCUGGACCCAAACAAGGCUUUCAUCCAGAUCACAUAUGUGGAGCCGUACUUUGACACUUACGAGAUGAAGGACCGUAUCACUUACUUUGACAAGAACUACAACUUGCGACGUUUCGUCUACUGCACUCCUUUCACCCUGGAUGGACGGGCCCAUGGGGACCUGCACGAACAGUUCAAACGCAAGACCAUCCUCACCACCUCCCACGCCUUCCCCUACAUCAAGACAAGGAUCAACAUCAUCCACAAAGAGGAGAUUAUAUCCACACCCAUUGAGGUGGCAAUAGAGGACAUGCAGAAGAAGACUCAGGAGUUGGCCUUUGCCACCCACCAGGACCCUGCUGACGCCAAGAUGCUACAGAUGGUCCUGCAAGGAUCGGUGGGCACAACUGUAAACCAGGGUCCUUUGGAGGUGGCGCAGGUGUUCCUGUCAGAGAUCCCCAGCGACCCAAAACUGUACAGACACCACAACAAGCUACGGCUGUGCUUUAAAGACUUCACAAAGAGGUGUGAGGAUGCCCUGCGUAAGAACAAGAGCCUGAUUGGUCCGGACCAGAAGGAGUACCAGAGGGAACUGGAGAGGAACUACCACCGGCUGAAGGAGGCGCUGCAGCCCCUCAUCAACAGGAAGAUCCCCCAGCUUUAUAAACCUGUACUGCAGGUCAACUCUCACAGAGAUUCCUUCAGCAGAAUGAGCCUCCGUAAGCUUGACAUUUGAAGAUGAAGAGAAUUCACACACUCUCACACAUGCAUUCACACACAAAAACACAUAAUUGAAAUUGCAAUAUUAAUUUAUUCUCAAGUGUAAAUAGGAGUGUCUUGAAAGUUGGUCAGUGUUUCAGAAAGCGUUGCAAGAACGGCUAAAUGAGUUGCGGCUUGGUACGUCAUUCCAGUGUCUUAAUUUGUUUACAGACAAACUGUUACACAAUCAGAGGAGCGAACAAGUGGAUCUUAAAGAUUAAAGAGAUACCUUGGCAUUUAGAAUUUCUCUUUGCUUGUCAUUUUAGUAGGGAACAAGUGCUUCUGCUUGUCCCUGUGCUACUUUAUAAAACGCUAAUAAUGUUAGCCCUCACUGUUGAAGCCACAGAAUAUGAAGAAUGCUCUGAGUUUCCUUUUAUCAGUUCAUUAAAGUGCCAAAAAAAACCACCUUUUUGCCGCCAAAUUUUUACAAGCGUCUGCAGAAAAGGUCCGAUUCUAAAAGUCAAGGUGUCUUUUUAAUUACGCACGAUGUGUCAAAAAAAAAUCUGUAUUCAAUUUCAUGUGUGCACUUUUUUAUUAUGGUGUAGCAAUGCGUUUUACAACUUGAAAGUUUAUGUAAUUCAAAACGGGAGGGAAGGGGGAGGGGGGAAAAAAUGAAAACAUGCAAAAAACGGUACCAGUAUUUAUCAUGAUGCUUUAUUAUCAUUUUUAGUUGAGGCGACAAUGUUUUAAAGUUAGGUACUUUAAACAUCCUUGUAUAAUUUUAUGUAGUUUUGUUUUAUUUUAAAUAUUUUACUAAAUAAAUAUUUUAAUGUUCA